GAUCCGAUAAUGGCGCCGACGCCGGCCACAAACCCGGCGAUCGCCAGGUGCGGGAUCGCCUUCUCCCAUCGCGUCCACGACAACAGCGCCUGUCCACUGUUCUUGGACAUGUAGCCGACCUCCAUGGUCGUGUUCAUGCGGACAUCCUCGUUGGGAGUGUUGGCGGAAACCGACGCCUCGUCGGGGGUGGCUCCCCCUUCCUGUUUUACAUGGAUCCAGAACACGCCGCUUUCGUUGGAACAGAGGUGGAUCUCGCGCCCAUGCUCGUCCGUGAUGCAGUUGAAGGCAGCCUCGCCAAACUGGUCAAUCGUGGUUUGGAUGGCGUGCAUGUCGGUUUCGAACUUCUUGUCCAUCUCUGCUAGUUUGGCGUGGUCAUGGUUGCGGAUGGCCGUCUCGCGCUCUUCCGACAGGAGAGUGACCUUGGAGGUCGUCGGCUCAUCCUUGGUUUGAAUAUCUGGCGAGGAGCAACGGAGAAGGCUUAGCAUGGAGUUUUCGUAGUGGGAUUUGUAUUGAUUAUGGGGUUGUGUAGGAAGGUAGGUAAAGGUGUGUUAGUAUUAGUACUUA